AUGUGGGCUGUUGUUCUGCUGGGUGUGUUGGCGGCGGUGGCCGGCAGCGCGAACGCCGCCGAGUACCACAUCCGCGUGGAGCGAGCUGCGUUCCCGGUUUCACCACCCAGGCCCGGAAGGCACGGCCGCGGCCCAAAGCCCGUGCCACUGCCGCCGGCGCACCACAAGCCGCCACCCAGACCCGCUCCCACCGCCGCCGCCGCCACCCGGUGGCACAGGCCGCCGCGCCCGGCCGCACCCGCCUCCGCGCCGCCGCCGGCACGCCCGCCUGUGAGGCCGCACCCUGAACCGCGCCGGAGGGCACCACAGACGCCUGGUGAGGGAGGCCCAAGUUCCUCUGUGGCCGGCCUGCACGCCCGCCUACGGACGCACAGGUCCAACUGUUCGUCCACCCACCCGGACCGCAGGUCCAACCUGUUGCGCCGCCCAGCGAUCGCGCAGGUCCACCUGUUCGCCCACCCACCGGAACCGGCAGGUCCAGCCCGUUCGCCACGCCACCGGAACCGCAAAUCCCAGCCGUUCGCGCCCCCCACCGGCCGCAAAUGCCAACCCCGCGUCGGUCCAGUACGAGAGGCUCAGCGUCCGCAGACUCGUCCAGCGCCGCUCCGCAACUCGCCCGCGGCCCCGCUUCCCGCAGACGAGGCCCGCCCCCGCGCCGGUGAGGCCCGUGGCCCCUGCCGGCGCCCGUCGGGCCUCGAGGCGCCCGGCCCCGCAGACGCGGGCCCGCCCCGCUGCCGGCCCCGCUGCCGGCUGGCCCGCAGGCGCGCCCGCUGCCCCCGGGCGUGGGCCGGCGCACGCGCCAGGCCGUGUUCGACGAGCCCGCGGUGGUGCCACUGGCGCCAGUCGUGGAGCUCCCGACCUACGUCACCGCCUGCCUCGAAGGCCAGGUGCUCGACGCCGAGGGCAACUGCAGGGGCCUCUGGUAGGGAGAGGCACGAAUACCAAUAA